UUUCAGGGGUUCUCAGGGACAGCCACCAGCUCGGGACCCCUGGUUAAGAACUCCAGCUCUAGAUAGGGAGUGCUGAUGCAAACUGAGUGACUAAUUGAGUCGAUUUGUGUGCUUGUUAAUUUGUUUUCCAGGUGGCCAAGUCAAAGGUACUUUUGACUCUCUGAGCAUGAAAGAUUUGGUUCUUGCCUUUGGUAAUCGCUUUUGCCCCUGAAUCCUGCAUCUUCCAAUCUUCUGUGUUCGAGGUCUCUUGGGUUCCUCCCUAGCCAGAGAGUUCUGUGGAGGCGAGGCCUUCCUUGGCCACUACUCCUCGCCCGCCAUGGGGAGCACCCUCGGCUGCCAUCGCUCCAUCCCCAGGGACCCCUCGGACCUGUCCCACAGCCGCAAGUUCAGCGCGGCCUGCAACUUCAGCAACAUCCUGGUGAACCAGGAGCGGCUCAACAUCAACACGGCCACGGAGGAGGAGCUGAUGACCCUGCCGGGGGUGACACGUGUCGUGGCGCGCAGCAUCGUUGAGUACCGCGAGUACAUAGGCGGCUUCAAGAAGGUGGAGGACCUGGCCCUGGUCAGCGGCGUGGGAGCCACCAAGCUGGAGCAGGUCAAGUUUGAGAUCUGCGUGAGCAGCAAGGGCAGCUCCGCGCAGCACUCUCCCAGCUCCCUGCGGCGGGACUUGCUGGCGGAGCAGCAGCCUCACCACCUGGCCACCGCCGUGCCACUCAUCCCACGUGUCAACAUCAACACAGCCACUCCGGCUCAGCUAAUGAGCGUGCGAGGCCUCACAGAGAAGAUGGCCCUUGGCAUCGUGGACUACCGCCGGGAGCACGGGCCCUUUCGCAGCGUGGAGGACCUGGUGAGGAUGGACGGUAUCAGUGCUGCCUUCUUGGACAAGAUUCGGCACCAGGUGUUUGCCGAGAGGUCCAGGCCCCCGUCCACUCACACCAACGGGGGCCUGACCUUCACUGCCAAGCCUCACCCCAGCCCCACCUCACUGAGCCUGCAGAGUGAGGACCUGGACCUGCCGCCAGGGGGGCCCACACAGAUCAUCUCCACUCGGCCUUCGGUGGAGGCUUUUGGAGGCACAAGGGAUGGGCGGCCUGUGCUGAGGCUGGCCACCUGGAACUUGCAGGGCUGCUCAGUGGAGAAGGCCAACAACCCAGGGGUGCGAGAGGUGGUGUGCAUGACUCUCCUGGAAAACAGCAUCAAGCUUCUAGCUGUGCAAGAACUACUUGACAGAGAGGCCUUGGAAAAGUUCUGUGCAGAGCUCAACCAGCCAAUCCUGCCCAACGUCCGCAAGUGGAAGGGGCCCCGGGGAAGCUGGAAAGCCAUUGUUGCUGAGAAACCCUCCUGUCAGCUCCAGAAGGGUGUGGGGUACUCAGGCUUCCUGUGGGACUCUGCAGCUGGAAUGGAGCUGAAAGACACCCCUUUUCUGGAGAGCAUGCCGGGCAACGGACAUGGAAAACCAACGCAUCCCAGCCCUUACCUCGCGCACUUCAAGGUGGGAAGUAAUGACUUGACCCUUGUGAACCUUCACCUGGCAACCCUGACCCUCCCGGGGGCUGAGAAUCCAAGCAAGAAUCACACUGAUGGCCUCCGCCUGGCCAGCUUCGCACAGACCCUGCAGGAGUCCCUGAAAGGAGAAAAAGACGUGAUUAUUUUAGGGGAUUUCGGUCAAGGGCCAGAUAGCAGUGACUACGAUAUCUUGAGGAAAGAAAAAUUCUACCACCUGAUCCCCGCACAUACCUUCACCAACAUCAGCACCAAGAACCCUCAAGGCUCCAAGUCCCUGGACAACAUCUGGAUCAGUAAAAGCUUAAAGAAGCUUUUCACAGGUCACUGGGCUGUAGUGAGAGAAGGUCUCACAAACCCUUGGAUUCCGGACAACUGGUCCUGGGGUGGAGUGGCUUCUGAACAUUGCCCCGUGCUAGCCGAGUUUUACACCGAAAGGGACUGGAACAAGAAGGAAGGCCCUCGGAAUGGCAGUGGGGUCACCUUGGAGAGAAAUGAAGCCAACAUUAAGCACGAACGAUGAUGACACCCAAUCGAUGUCUCACCCUCAGGCUCAGUGGGGCACAGGCAAGGAGUCAGCCCUUCUGGGUGAGGACUGGGCCACGAGCCGGACUGCCCUUCCAUCUGCCUUCUAAGAACUUGGACCUGGCCCGCCUGCCUUCUUUGUGAAAGUGUUAGGACCUUCAUGGGGGGAGGGCGUGAGGGGCACUUCCUGUGACGGACGGUGAAAUCAGAAGCCCAGUAGGGAACGGAAAUGGGUUUCCUGUACGGAUGGUGCCAACCUCGGUGGAAUCGCACAGCCGUCUGCUCUGACUGGGUUGUGGCAUGUUUCUCUCCCGCCAGCAUUUCACCGAGAGAACAGUGUGAUGGAGGCCGAAGAGAAGCGAGUGGGAUGCUGAGACCUCCCAGGCCUGUCCCAGCCCUGUCAGGAACACUGACCUCUGACCCGCAGUCAGUGAAGUUCGCACUGCAUAUUACAUAAAGCUUUUUAACUGUGAUUGAGCACUCCCCUCAAAUAUUUUGAGUGGUGGUUUUUUAGUUUUGCUUUGAAAAAAUAAACAGAG